UGUCAAAUCAGGAAUAUUUACGUCAGCCACGUUGGAAGUGCCAACUCGGUGUUUUUAUGUUUUUAGUGAGGCUGCUGCAUCAAGAUGAAGAUCAAAGAGUUAAAAAGGACGGUGAAUAUGAGCUGGUCGCCAGCGGAGCAUUACCCGACAAUGCUCGUGACCGGCUCCGCAGCUCAGCAAGUUGAUGCCUCUUUCAGCACGAAUUCCUAUUUGGAACUGCAUUCUCUUAACUUGGGUGACUCAAGUCUUGAUUUUGAAAUGAAAUCAAGCAUACAAACAAAGCAUAAGUUUCAAAAGUUAGUGUGGUCAGGUGCAGGUAUCAUCGUGGGUGGCUGUGAUGGAGGCUUGUUAGAAUUUUACAGUGCAGAGAAAUUACUUAAUAAUGCUAGCGACUCACUUAUUGGCAGCAGUUCCAAACAUAACGGUCAUGUUUCCGCGCUCGACGUUAAUCCUUAUCAGAAGAAUCUCUUGGCUUCCGGUGCGUCAGACAGUGAAAUCUUUAUCUGGGACCUUAACAACACAAGUCAGCCAAUGGCACCCGGCAAUCGAAGCCAACCUUACGACCAUGUCCAGGGUCUAGCUUGGAAUCAGCAGGUACAACAUAUUCUAGGAUCCACAUUUGCUACGAGAUGUUUAGUAUGGGAUCUCAGAAAGAAUGAACCUAUUAUGAAGUUGAGCGACUCGCAGUUCCGCACGCGCUGGCGCGCGCUGGCGUGGCACCCCGGCGUGGCCACGCAGCUGUGCGUCGCCUCCGAGGACGACCAGGCGCCCGUCGUGCAGCUCUGGGACCUCCGAUUGGCUGCGUCCCCGCUGGCGACCCUGGAGGGACACGAGAAGGGCGCGCUGGCGCUGUCCUGGAGCCGGCACGACCACGAUCUGCUGCUGUCGGCCGGACGAGACGGGAGACUGCUCGCCUGGAACCCGAACAACACCAAACCGGGCGGUGAGCUGGUGGUGGAAGUGAACCGCCAGUCGGCGUGGGUGUUCGACGUGGCGUGGGCGGCGCGCGAGCCCGGCCUGCUGGCCGCCGCCUCCUUCGACCACUCGCUGGCGCUGCACACGCUGUUCGCGACCAGCAGCGCAGCGGGCGGCAGCAGCGCGAGCACCAACAACAUAAUGGACUCGUUCGGCGGCGCGGACUCGUUCGCGGCGCUGCCCGCCGUGCAGCUCAGCGCGCCGCCGCCCGCCGCGCCCGCGCAGCCGCCGCGCGCGCCGCGCUGGAUGCGCCGCCCCGCCGCCGCCAAGUUCGCGUUCGGUGGAAAAUUAGUAACAUUCGAGAAAUGCCCACAAGAGACCGACUCACACAAGCUGGUAUACGUAAGCCAGGUAGUGAGUGAACCAGAAAUAGUCGAAAAGGCGUUCGAGUUGGACACCGUGAUAGGACUAACCCUCAGCCAGGAGCCCGGGGCUGCGGAGAAAUUGGCUGAAUACUGUCGUGUGAAGGGCGACGCGGCGACGGACCAACACGAGCGCUUCACGUGGUUCUUCCUGCGAGCCAACUUCCUUCCAACGUACCGGACCGAGAUACUGAACUUGCUCGGCUUCAAGCAAGAAGAGAUAUCGUCAAAGUUCAAGAGUCAACCGAACAAUGAACCACGCGCCCCACAGGACAACUUCGGACUCAGUAGAGGAGAAAGCACUGAGACCGAAGCGGAACUGUCAACGGACACAAGCACGGACCUAUCUGAUGCUCAAACCUUGAUCGAAAAGAAGCUCGCAAGCAUAGACCUCGAACCGACUGUGACUAACGUCGUCAUACCGAGCGGUGACGAUUCAACGAGCCUUAUCUGCCGCGCGCUCGUGUGCGGCAACAUCGAGGAAGCCGUCGACCUCUGCCUCGAGGCGAAAAGAGUAUCCGAUGCGCUCAUCAUCGCCUCGUUAGGCAGCCCGGAGCUGCAGUACCGCGUGCAGCGCGCGCAGCUGAGCGCGCGCGCCGCCGACCCCGUGGCGCUGGUGGCGGGCGCGCUGCUGCGCGGCGCCUGGGACGGCCUGCUGCGCGCCGUGGCGCCCGCCGCCUGGAGGCACGCGCUGGCCGCGCUCGCCGCGCACUGCGAGCCGCGCGCGCUGGCGCACUACUGCGAGGUGCUGGGCGACAAGCUGGCGGCGGAGAGCGAGCCGGCGCUGCGCGACGCGGCCGCGCUGUGCUACGUGUGCGGCGCGCACGGGGACGCGCUGGCGGCGCGCGCGCUGCGGGCCGCGCCGCCCGCCGCCGCCGAGCUGGCGCGCCAGGCCGAGCUGGCGCUGCUGAUGCGCGCCGCGGCCGCCGUGCAGGGCCGACCCGCCCAGGAGGGCGGGCAGCUGGACGCGCUGCUGAGCCGCUACGCGGCGCGCGUGGCGGCGCAGGGCUGCCUGCACAGCGCGCUGGCGGCGCUGCGCGGCGCGCGCUCCGAGCUGCGCGAGCGCCUGCACGCCGCGCUGGCCUCGCGGGACCAGAAGCAGCAGCAGUACCAGCAGCAGCACCAGCAGCAGCAGACGUCGACGCGUGCGCGUACAGUGAGCACUCACUCGAACUUCGCAAACAAUGAAAACAUUGGGGCUUACAAAAUGCAACCCCCAGCAGCGACCCACGAGCCUCAGAGUUGGUCCGCAAGCUCUCACCCGCCACGCCCCGCGAGUGUCUCUUCACAGCCUGGUGGAAUCACAAGUCGUUCGAAAUACAAAGUCGAUCCCUCGGUUCAGUCCGCACCUCUUUACAAUCAAUAUAGCUUUAACAAUCCACCCCAGGCCCCCUCCUACGGGUACAACAGCCCCAUACCGGAUCAGUACAGUGCCGCUAGCGUGCCCAGUCAUAACUUCGCACCCAUCAACCAGCAACAGAAUUAUCAAUCGAAUCCUCCCCAAUUAAUGAACCCAUUAAAUUCAGCACCCUUAAAUCCGAUGAACCCAUUAAAUCCGGCGCCGUUGAAUCCGAUGAAUCCAUUAAAUCCGGCGCCGUUAAAUCCCAUGAUUCCGUUAAAUCCGAUGAACACGUUAAACCAGUCGAACAAUGCGACGUUGAAUCCCAUGCACCCGUCGGUGAACGGUAACUACUACCAGGCGGCGGAGGCCGCUCCCGCGCCCAAGCCGGCGGCGCCCGGCUGGAACGACCCCCCCAUGUUGACCUCGAGGCCCAAGUGCUUUGGGCACGAGGACAUGUCGGCGCUACACGCGGGCACUCGCCAGUGGAGCCACAUUAUAGAGCACAGGCGACAUUACGAGCCAAAACAAGAGAUCCAACAACAAGCUCCGAUCACGCAUCCCUUAUUCGGUGUUGAGCCCCCCCAAUACGUGCCAUUAGUACCCACAUCUCAAUAUCCCGGCCAGCAAGCUCAGUACCCCGGUCAACAGGCUCAAUAUCCGGGUCAGCCGGCUUCAUACCCUGGCCAACAGCAACAGUAUCCUGGUCAAAUGGGGCAGUACCCCGGUGAGACGACCCAGUACCCUGGACAGUAUGCCGAUCAGCAGUACCAAGGGUCGUACCAGCCGGCAAUGCAAACAGGAUAUCCUCAACAGGUGGAGAGUCCCGCUCCAGCAGAGCCGGCGCCGGUACAGAAGGGUCCUCUCCCCGCGGAAUACGUCGACUUGCAAACUGUUUUUGAUUCCCUCCGCAAUGCCUGUUCCGAAAAGGCUACCAAUCAGCAAAUGAAGAGGAAACUAGAAGAUGUCCAAAGAAGGCUCGAGACAUUGUACGACAUGCUGCGGGAACAUAGGCUGUCGGAGGCGGCGCUGGCGCAGCUGCGCGAGGCGCGCGCGGCGGGCGCGGCGGGCGAGCACGCGCGCGCCCUGGCGGCCGUGGCGGCGCUGGCCACGGGGCCCGACUUCGCCGCCGCCGCCGCCUUCCUGCCCGGCCUCAAGAUGCUGUUCCUGCUGGCCGCGCAGCUGCGGGCGCAGCCGCAGCAGCGGUGAACUCGAAGGGGACGACGGAGGCCCGAGCUAUUUUUUCCGAGAUGUUCCUAACAAAUAUAACUUCCUCCCCCUCCAGCUGAGCAUUCAUUUGCUAUCAGUCGAUCCGAUUGUCGAAACGGCAGACCUUUUCAUGUGUGAGCAUCGAGCUGGUGCAGCUGUAACUUUUCCAUAUUUCACUAGUUACUGCUUAAACUAGUAUGUGUUUUGUACAUAUGUACAUACAUACAUUUAUACCUAACAUAUUAACCGAGCCUCCAGCUAUUUAGCCAAUUAAAACGUAUUAUAUUAGUUAACUAUCGACGUAAAAUAAGUUGUAAAAUGGAUCGUAAAAAUAAAUUUAAAUUUGAAUUGUAAUCUAAUUUUGCUUCUACCUCAAAAAUUCCCCCUCCCCUUAACCUCGUAUACGCUCGCUAGUAACACUAUAUAAUAUCAAUUUCAGUAGAAUUUGUACAAUUUGUAAGGGAGGAUUGUUUAAAUUACAAUAAAAAAGAAAUCUAUAAUAUUUAAAAAGCUGAAAUAUUAUUACAUAAUUUAUGUCGGGUAAAUUCUAUUGAAAUCAAAUAUUUAAAUAAUUAUACAUAUUUUAAUAUUAAAUUAUUUCAUAUGCGUUAUAAUGAAUAUUAAAGUUUUAGUAAAUAUUUAAUUCGAAACUAUUAUAACUUGCGUCUAUUAAGGUGACACUCACUUGGUUCGCUAGCGUCUGACGACACACGUGACAACUCGUCGUAUAGAUUGAACAUUAAAUUAAAAAGAUUUUCCAUUCAUUCUUCUUUGAUAUUUGCUAAAAGCGAUAAAAGGACGGAAAUACGUCAUUUCUCAUCUUUGCCUUUUUUUGUCGCAUCUGUGCAACCAAAGCUACGCCACACUAAGUGGAGUGUCGCUAUUAUUGUGUUAAAAUCAAUGAUUAAAUUAAAAAUCUAGCACUUAGAAAUUAUAUAUUAAAUUAUAUAAUUGGUUUUAUAAUGUUUAAAGUUAUUGUAUUUAUGUAAAUAUUCCAUUAACUACGAUUUGAAUGUGCUAUUCGUUAACGAUUGACGGACGUCUCUAAAGACAUUCAUUGAGUUUAAUUACUUAAUCUAUUUUAUGACUAAUAUUAUAAUUUUGUGUAUCAAACGCAUGUUUGUAAUCGAAUGAUGU